AUCAAAUUCCUCCACUUUCCUUCUCCCCAAACACGGUAAAGUCGGAGUUUCAAGAACCAAUGGCUGCCUCGAGAUCUGCUCUGAGCUCUGCCAUUUCUUCUGGGAUAAUAGGGAAACCCCGAUCAACUUCGACCAUCAACUCCUUGCUGCCUGCUUCAUCCAUCAAACUCAUCAAAUACCCAUCUCUAACUCAGAGUCACAAGCUUUUGGCAUCGAACUGCAGUACUUUCUCGGCUCCCAAACAGGCUUUCACUUGCAAAACCCAAGCCUUUUCAUCUGUUAGCUCAACUGCCGAGAAAGUUCAAGAAAUGCAUAUUUAUGAGUUGAACGAGAGAGAUCGUGGGAGUCCAGCUUAUCUUCGUUUAAGCCAGAAAUCUGUCAACUCACUUGGCGAUCUUGUCCCUUUCAGCAACAAAAUUUACAGGGGAGACUUGGAGAAACGGAUCGGAAUAACGGCGGGGAUAUGCAUUUUAAUCGAGAACAAACCGGAGAUGAAAGGUGACCGGUACGAGGCCAUAUUCAGCUUCUACUUCGGAAGCUACGGUCACAUAGCUGUGCAGGGACCGUACUUGACAUACGAGGACACGUAUCUGGCUAUUACUGGCGGGUCAGGCAUCUUUGAAGGUGUCACCGGUCAGGUUAAGCUUCGCCAAAUCGUUUUCCCCUUCAAGAUUUUCUACACCUUUUACUUGAAGGGAAUCGGUGAACUCCCGGCCGAGCUGCUUUGCGAGCCGGUUGAGCCACACCCCGGUGUUGAAGCCGUUCCAUCCGCUAAAGCUUGUGAGCCACAAGCCACCGUGGCAAAUUUCACCAAUUAAAAUGUUUAAUAAUUUUAAUAAAUUAAAGUGAUGUCGUUUUUGAACUUUAUGUUUUAGUGGCAUGAAUUUUGGCUUUUAGCCAUUGGAGUGGACUUGUAAUAGAAUCCCAGCAAAUUGAGAUCCUAGAUUUUCACU